AUGGCGUCCGGCGGGGCUCGCGGGCCGACGUGGCGCCGGGGGCUGCCCCUCGGCGGCGCCGCGCUGCUCCUGCUGCUGCUCCCGCUGCUGCUCCCCGCGGCCGCGACGCCGGAGCCGCCCACAGCGGGUUGUGCCCAGAGCACGAACAUGAGCUGCGAGCAGUGCCUGAGGAACGUCUCGUGUCUCUGGUGUAGCAGCAGCAACACCUGCCUGGACUACCCGGUGACCAAGGUCCUGCCGCCUUCCUCGCUCUGCCGGCUGAGCGCCGCUCGCUGGGGCGUUUGCUGGGUGAACUUCGAGGCCUUGAUCAUCGCCAUGUCGGUGGUGGGGGGUGUUCUCCUCCUGGGGGGCGUCCUCUGCUGCUGCUACUGCUGCCGCCGGGGCCGAGGGAGCCGGAAGCCAGACAAGAGCGAGGAGCGGGCCAUCCGGGAGCGCGAGGAGCGGCGGGUCCGGCAGGAGGAGAGGAGAGCCGAGAUGAAGUCGAGGCAUGAUGAGAUCCGGAAGAAGUACGGUUUGUUUAAAGAAGAAAACCCGUAUGCCAGGUUUGAGAACUGAGAGCCGCCCUUGGGAUGCCGCCCUCCCUGCCAGACCACGAGGAGAGUCUGCCUGACCGCCUCUGCUCCCGGUCACUCGCCACCUUGUGCCUGUGGGUGGUGGCUCCGCCCUGUGUUGGGCAGCACCCCCACAGCCCACCUCUGGGCUCCCCACUGCCCGCCCGCGCGGCUCCUCCACCACAGGCAGCACCUCUGUCCUCCCGCCGUGGGGGCGCGGCUGAGGGUUGGUAGAGUGCGGAGGGUGGGGUACCCGGGUCACUCUCGGUCUUUUUAAAAUCUUGGUUUUUCUCCCCCGUCCAAAAGAUUUCACCAAAAACCUUUGCUGUCAAAGUUCAUGCCAUUUACUGGACGGCUUUUAACUUGCAUCUUUAGAGGAACUAACGGGAGUUUCUCCACAGACACUUGAGUGAUGUGUGACUGCUGGGCCACAGGCCCCCCGAGUGCAGCCCCAAGACCCUGCCCGGCGGCGUCACCUGGAGGUGGCGCUCUGCCCAGGGGUGCGGGGACCUGCCUUCCUGAGCUCCCGAGAGGCCCCCUCAAGCCAGGUCUUGUGCUGGUGCAGCUCGGUGGCUCCCUCUCCUGAGGGGAGGCUGGACUCCAGCUAGCCCAGCUGCAACCUAACCACCACUGGUGCCUUUCUGAAACUCAGAAACCCUGGGGGUCUCCCUCAGGGCUGGCUGCAGCCCCUAGCACCUCCUACCCCACACACAUCCCUCCCCUCCCCGUCCCGCUGCACCAGCCAGCUCUGCCCGCGCUCACGGACACAGUGCCUGCACUCGCUCCUUCCCGGGCACAUCGGCCCCCUUUGAGCCUUCGCGAACAUUCCCUCCACGCAGCUGCCGCCUUUGGCUUCCUGCCGCUCGCUCGCUCCUGCUGGAUGCAGCGGUCUGUGGGCGCCCAUGCCCUGACCCGGCUGCAAGUGGCUGGCGCCCGCAGGGUGUGCAGAGGCCUCUGGCCCUGCGCUUUUUUCAGAGAGAGAGGCGAGCAGCCCAGACUGUGACCUCAGGAUGCCAUCACAUGCCGCGAGCCUUAAUUUUUAAUCAGUUUCCAAUAAACGGUUUAAUCGAUGUAUUUGCUGCAUUUACUUGGUGUCUGGU